UCCCGAAAGGUGACACUGGCCAAAUAAAAAACAAAAGAAAGAACGAAGAACGCGACUGUGGACAAAAUAGUUGUGAAAAUUGCAUUAUUUCCAACAGAAAGAGUGCUAUAGCAGGCCAAAAAGUAGCUGCACCUAGUGCCAGGGAUGUACGUGUAGGCCGUGGACACUGUGAUAAGUGGGAAAAUUGUGUGGGUGAAGCCCAAAAAGUGCAUUUUUCUGUGACCAUCUUCUCGGACAGGUGAAUCGCGCGCAAUGGCCGGAGGCAGUUCAAUGAAUGCAUCUCACAGUUUUGGCACCCGCAACGGCGGUCCCAAGGAUAAAAGAUUCUCCAUUCACGAUGCCUUCGAGGAGGAAACAGACGAGGCCAUCAGAGUUUAUGGGUCUACAGUGAUAAGUACCCCAAUGAGGUCAAAAACACGCUCCACAGACGACGUUGCCAUCCGAGUGCAUGAUCAAAGGAACUUCAAGUAUCCCGAUGAUACCACCUCCCGCGACAGUGAUUCCCUGAUACAGGACUAUGGGACCCUAUCUUCGGGGGAUACCUACACCUAUUGCUGGCGACAUCCCAAAGUCCGGGAAAACUGGAGAACAGUCCUUGCAGCUGUGACACUAUUAAUUGUGGGCACAGCCCUCGUUGUGAUUGGCACUUAUGCCGUGGCUAAACCCUCCAAUGGUUCUCAGGGUGCUGUCUUCUUCGUGGCCGGUUUUAUAUGCUUCAUUCCCGGAGCCUAUCACGUUGUCUACAUCUGGCUGGCAGCCCGGGGAUACCGUGGCUUUGACUUCUAUCACCUACCCCUCUUUACAUAAGUUUCAAAAUAUAAAAUAUAAAAAAAAAACAAAAAUCCGCCCUCUGUGACGCUUUUAAAAAGCCUUUUAAUACCCGGACGACCCCCUAUUCCCAGCUCAAUCCCCUAUGCCUCCCCCCGAUAAAAAUCCUGGCUGAGAACAAAGAAAAAUCCCAAGAGUGGGCGUGAGUCUGUGCCAUGAAUUUGUGCUCUAAAAAUGUGUUUUUUUAGGAAAAGAAAUUUGAAAAAAAAGAAAAUUCCGUAAUACAAUUUUUUCAAGCAGAUUUUCUCUCCUUUUUCCCAUUUCACUUAUUAACAUAGUUUCUUAAAAAAAAUAUUUUAUCACUAUUUUAUGGACGAUUUGGUGUAGCGAGUGGCGAGAAAAUGUGUAAAAGAGAAAUGGUAGAAAAUAAUUUAUUCAUCUGAGACUCGAAAGACUUGAAUUUCAAAUUAGUGCAGUUUUGAGACGGAAUCGAGAACACGCGAUGCAAGUUCGACUGAAAAUAUUUUAGAAAAACAAAACAAAAACAAAUAUAAAAUACAUUAAUCUAUCAAUUAUUUCUCCUACCCCUUUCUUUCAUUUUCCCUCAAAUAUUUCUUAAGAUUUAUUGUAAGUUCCCCCUAAGAUCUAUUUAAACAAAAAAAAAAAGAAUGUGGUAGUUGUGUGAGUAGAUUGUCCCUCUCUUAAUUUUAAAAAACUGUAUUUCAUAAGAAAAGUACUUUUUUAUGUAAAUAAACUUUGAAAAUUGA